AUGCCACUCAACGAGGACAGCCUAGCUGAUCUCGAGCUGCUAGAGCACUGGCACCGGUAUCCCGUCACAGGUGACAUGACAGAGACCACGAAGCACCUGCAAUACGACCUGGUCCGUUUGGGCUUCUCUCACCAUUACUUGCUGAAUAGCAUCCUGGGCCUUACGGCCCUCCAGCUCUACAGUGAGGAUCAGUCCCAGUCUAAGUGGUACGCUAGAGCCGUUGCACACCAGCAGGCCGCAAUCACCCGAGCUAGGCCGCAUUUCGAGUCCCUUGAUCAGACGCAGCAUCAAGCCCUGCUGGGGUUCUCUGCUUUCACCUCAAUGUAUGUGGUAGCGGAACCUGUCUAUCGGCCCCCUCGCGUCCGCUCUAUGGCACAGUUCGACCCUAUCGAGGAGCUGUUAAAAGCACUCCAAUUUAGCAGGUCUACCUUGGUGUUCGUGCAGCAGAACUUUUCCUCUCUAGUCGUCUCGGAAUCGUGGCUACUGACUAAAUUCCGUGCCAAUAACCAAGACACUCGGCAGGAUCUCGAAAUAAGAUAUCCACAGCUUGCGUCUCUCCGGGGACGUAUAGAGCGUCAGUGUGCGGGGGAACAGAAGUCAGCAUGCGUCCAUGCCGCCAAACUCCUGUUCCGCCGCAUUGCAAUGCUCUCAGGCAACCUCGGAGAUCCCGAACCGGGCAAAGUGAUCUGGGGCUGGGCACUCGAGGAGCACUGGUGUCUGAGAGACUGGCCAGGCGGGUUACUGGGAUAUAUCAAGGGGGUCCUUGGAGAUGAGUGGGAAGAUGCCCUAGAGUGGCCGAGUAGUCUUGUCUUUGGGUCGGGAACGUUGGCACCAAGAAGCCCACCGCGGCCACUCACAUCGGCGUAA